AUGUCUACAUCUACUGGGACAGGCUGGGCACAGCUUCGUCAACAAGCUAGAUCCUUAGAAACUCAAACAGAAACACUAUUCCAUACCUAUUCGCAAUUCUCAGCCGUUUCCAAUAUUCCUCCAAAACCUUCAGAAGAUGAACGAUCAACGGAAAUGAAGCUACAAGAAAUUCUAGAAAAGAGAGAAACUCUCAUAUCGCAACUCUCUCGCCUCCUCGACAGCGACUCCUCUCUUACUGCCUCCGCAACUCGCCAGAAUAACCUCACGCGCCACCGCGAAAUUCUCCUCGACCACCGUCGCGAACUCUCGCGCAUCCGUUCCUCCAUCUCCGAAGCUCGUAAUCGCGCAAACCUGCUCUCGAAUGUGCGGUCUGAUAUCGACGCUUAUCAUAGCAGUAACCCUGAAGCCGCGGAAGCCGAUUAUAUGUUGGGAGAGAGGAGUCGUAUUGAGAAUAGUCAUAAUAUGACGGAUAGUGUGUUGAGUCAGGCUUACGCUGUCAAUGAGAGUUUUGGGCUGCAGAGGGAAACGCUGGCGAGUAUUAAUCGACGGAUUACAGGGGCUGCAAGCCAGGUGCCGGGGCUGAAUAGUUUGAUUGGGAGGAUUAGUGCGAAGAAGAGGAGGGAUGGAAUUAUCAUGGGGGGUUUCAUUGCCUUUUGUUUUUUGAUGUUUUUGUACUUUAUGUGA